AUGGAGCCAACCCAAGAUGACACUGAUCAUCUAGUCAAUCAACAAGAAGAAGAACAACCACAACAACAUACAGAACAAGAGAGUCAAGAGAGAAAUCAAUCUAUUGACAAUUUAAAACAACAAGAUGAUAAAGAGAGAGAAAAAGAAGAAGAAGCCGUUCAACCUGCCUCUAUUCUUCCAAUUCAAGAGGUAGGGGAAACUUUUGAACAAGUUGCUGAAAAGACAGAGUCACAACCAACAACUGACCUUCAAGGGAAAGAUCAUUCAUCUUUACCAAUUCGACAAGAUGAAUCAUCGGAUCAAGAGGAAGAACAAGGAACUUCUCCAAAGAGUGGUUCUAUUUUAAAGUUUAUUGAAAGUACUAGAGGUCAACCAUCAAGAGAUCAAACUAGAAAGAGAACUUUUACAAUUGGAUCAAGAGGUACUCCAACUAUAUCAUUAUCAAAUGAACAACAACAACAAGACACUACUACUACUAUUAUUGGUAAUCAAGAGUCUUCUUCAACUGCUUCUAUCUCUAUCAUUACCACCUCCACUACGAAUGGUACUGGCACAACAUUUUUAUCAACUUCACCAUCCCCUUCUACAUCACCAAAUUCUACAACGGCUACCAAUCUAUUAUCAAAUCAUCGUUCUACUUCCAACGAAGAUUCACCUCUUUCUAGUCCAUCACAAACAAGAAAGAAAAAAGUACAGAAAAAGGUUACAAUCAAUCCAGAUGAUAUAAAACCAGAUGGUGCUACCAAUGACUAUGCUUCUCAAGAUAACAUCAUAGUUACAAUUGGAAAUGGUGAAGAUAAUUAUAAUACUCUUGUCAAAGAUGGUAUGAAAAGAGAUAUACAUGGAUUUAUUGUUGAUGAUUUCUAUGAAGAGUUGAAAAAAUUCCAAGUACAAGAGGAAUUAAUGUCUAAACAAAGAUUGGAAAAGUGGACUGCCUUUAACGAACACUACAAGCAUGUUGGUCUUUGUUCAAAUCCAAAACAACUUCAUAAAUUAUUAUCUCAUGGUAUUCCCCAUGGUGUCAGAAAUGUCUUAUGGAAAAUUUAUUCAGGAGCAGGAGAAAAACAAAGAAAAGAGGAGAUUGAAUUAUUUAAACAACAAAAGGAAGAGAGAUUAAAGUCAAGAUUGAAUGGAAUGGGAACUAUUAGAGGAUUAAAUCCACCUGCCAAUAGAAAAUCAUAUUACCAACACUUGCACCAAAUCAUUCGUUCAUCAAAUAGAAUAUCAACUAGAUUACAAUCUACGGCAGUAGAGAUUGAUAAAGAUAUUGAAAGAACUUUUCCCGGCCAUCCAUUCUUUGAAAGUGAUGAGGGUAAAAGAAAAUUGACACGUGUUCUUCAGGCAUAUUCAGUUCGUAAUAGAAAGGUAGGAUAUUGCCAGUCUAUGAACAUUGUCGCAGGAUAUCUCUUAAUCUGGGACCAUCUCUUUGUCGAGUGUGGUAUCUAUGGUUUCCACAAACCAUCACAAGAAUCAAAAUGGCUCGAAGAGGACAUUAUUCUCAACGACAAGCUCAACCAACCAUUCAAAUGUCAAGGUCUCGCCAGUUAUAACCUUCUCUUGACUGCUCUGGCCAUUCUAUCCUACUUGGAAGAAAGCCUUCUCAAGACCAAUUCCACACCAGAACUUCUCACCAUCCUUUCAAACAAUUGCAAGGGUAUUUUUGAUGCAAAGAGAUUUUUCAAAAAGUAUUACAAAUGGAGAGAUAGAAUCAAUGAAGAAUCUUUUAUCGAAUCUAAAAAGGUUUCUGAAAUUAAUUUAAUUCAAGAAUUGGAAGAAAUGAGAAAAUUAAGAGAUCUUAGAUCAACUUCAAAGAUUACUAGAUUUUCAAAAGGAGAAUUGGAAAAGAUUUGGGAUGGAUUUAGAAAUUUGAAUCUUGGAAUGGGACAAAGAUCGCGAGUAAGCAUGGGGAAAUCAUUAAAGUUGGAUUUUGAUAUAUUUAAAAAGGUAUUUUCAUACAUUUUACCAACUUAUGAUACAAGUGCCAAGGAAGUGAUCAUUCAACAACUCUUUAAAAUUUUUGAUAAAAAUAAGGAUGGAUGUUUGGAUUUCUCUGAAUUAAUGAGUGGUCUUUGUAUUUUAGCAAAAGGAACUUCCGAAGAAAGAUUACAAUUAUACUUUUCAUUUUUUGAUAGUGAUAAUUCAGGUUUUGUAACAAAAGAAGAGAUGAAGUUGAUGCUUCAAACGGCCUAUGAAAAAAUAGAUCUAGAUCCAUUGGCUGUUACACAAUCAUCUAUUGAUGACUAUGUUGAUGUUGUAUUUUCAAAUCUUGGCAUCUCAAACAACAGUUUGUCAUUUGAUGAUUUCAGACGAGCCAUUCUCUCUUAUCCAAGAAUAUUCAAAUGUUUCAUGUUGGAGGAAGAAACAUUUACAAUUGAAGAUUUUGAAAUGUUUGAUGAAUCAGAUACAGUAAAAUCUAAUGUAAAUACUCCUCCUCUUGUUGAUAAUGUAAAUAAUAAUAAUGAUAUCGAUAAUAAUAUACAACGAGGAGAAAACAAUUUAAAAACAAGUGAUGGUAUAAAGAAUAAUAAUGAAACCAACAACAAUUCAGAGCCAACAACAACAACAAAUGACUCUAAUAAUUCACUACAAAACCAUCCUUUAUUAAACACCAACAUAACCUAUACCAAACCAAAAUCAAAUACAGGAUCCAACACUAGUAUUAACAGCAAUAAUGGUAAUAAUUCCAAUUUUAAAUCAACAUUAAUUCAAGCAAUUGAACAAGCACAAAUGGAGAAAGAGCCAGGGGUAAAGCAUCAAACCAUUAGUUCUUCUAAUGAAACAGUAUCGACAUCUUCCUCUGCUGCUCCAUCUGAAAAUUCAGCAACUGCUGUGCCAGCUCCCUCAUCUUCACCUUCACCUUCUUCUGCUCAAACUGACAGAUCAAGAAGAUUAUCUCGUGCAGUUGAACCAGAAGGAGCUCCACUUUCUUGUUGCAAGUUUAUGUAA